UAGUCUGCCCCUCGAUUACCUCUCAAAGCUCCCCGGAUUUUUCCGGAACUGCUCGGGUAUUUCCGUCUUCACUUCGGCACCAAUCGGUUCUUUGCCUCCGCCCUGCGGCUUCUCCUCCCUCACCCUGCUUUGAGGCUCGGUUAUAUUCGCCUUGCCGAGGCUUUAAAUCGAAUCUAUUCGGAAGCCCUCGACUUUGGCAUGCCCGUAAUCGGAGAUAUUCGGCCAUCUCCGGUCUUGGAGCUGAAGCGCUGGGGCUCUUGGGUGUUUGGGGCUGAUUCGAGACCGGAAGUGCGUGGGCUGCCGGGCUGGCCCUGUUUAGGGAUUUCAGGAAAUAUGGAAGCAGCGGCGGUAGUUGGAGUCAAAGAACUCUUGUGACAGUCUCCGUGUUCUCUGAGACUCCAGGAGGAUGCCACUGGAAUCAUCUUCCUCUUCAAUGCCACUAUCCUUCCCUUCUUCAUUACCCUCAGUACCAGACAAUAUUACCAACUCUUCCCCUCCCCCCAUGUCUUACAUCACUUCCCAGGAGAUGAAGUGUAUUCUUCACUGGUUUGCCAGUUGGUCAGGUCCCCAGCGUGAACGUUUUCUACAGGACCUGGUAGCAAAGGCAGUGCCAGGAAAAUUACAGCCACUGCUGGAUGGUCUGGAGCAACUUAGUGUAUCUGGUGUAAACCGACCACCUUGUAUCUUUGAAUGUCAGCUACGUCUUUGGGAUCAGUGGUUUCAAGGUUGGGCUGAGCAGGAACGCAAUGAAUUUGUCAGACAACUGGAGGUCAGUGACCCAGACUUCGUGGCAAAGUUUUACCAAGCAGUUGCUGCUACAGCUGGUAAGGAUUGAUAGACAUUCAGAUCAAAGAAAAUAACCACAGCUGGUGGAGUCAAGACCAUCUCUCCACAGUGACUCAAUUCAAAUGUGUCACUUAAAGAUUUGGGGAUAGUAUCUCAAUGAGCUGACUGAACUUACAUAUGAGUAUCGGCAUGGUUACUUCAAUGUUACCAGCAUUUCCUCUGGAUUCCUAGUGAAAUUGUUGUCCAUUUAAGCAGAUCCAAAUCAGUCUCCUAGUUUGCUUCCUUUCAAGAGAUGUCAAAACCUCAUAAAUGUAAAUGACUUUUGCAACUGUAACUGAAAGGAACUUUCAUGUUACAACUGAAGUCUAUUGCUGGCUCAUGAAGGAUAUAAAGUAGAAUCCUUCCAAAGAAACAGGCUAGAAGAACAAGAAAAAGUGUUAUUUGGGGGAAGGGUACUGGGGAUUAAACCCAGUGUUGCUCUACCACUGAGUUAUACUCCCAUCCCCCUCUCCCUUUUUUUGAGACAGAGUCUUACUAGGUUGCCGAGGCUGGCCCCAAACUUGGAAUUUUCUUGCCUUAGCUUCCCAAGUUGCUCAUUUAUGGGCAUAUGCUACCAUGACUAAGGAAAGAUAUUUUUAUAGUUUGGUGGGAUUCUGGUUUUACUACCCUUCCCAUACUCUAGCAUAAUUAUGCAACAUCCCAACCACUGGGUCUCCCAGUGGAGAUUUAGUAAAAUUAUGGAAAAUCAGGAGAGGGAGAUAAUUAGUUACUCCCUCCUUCACACUGUUUGACCCCAAUUAGCAAUGAAAAUUGAUAAAAUACCAAAUUGUAAUGAACUUUUUGUAAAGCACAUAUGAUAUUCUUGAAGUCUGUAGCAGAUGUGUCUGUUGUUGCUCUACAAUAGUAUGUAAAUAGCUGGAUGUGGUGUUACACAUCUGUAAUCCCAUCUACUAAGGAGGUUGAGGCAGGAGGAUUGCAAGUUCCAGACCAACUUCAGCAACUUCUUGAGACCUUGUCCCAACAAGUAAAAAGGGCUCAGUAGUAAAGUGUCCCUGAGUUCAAUCCUUAGUACCAAAAUAACAAAAAAACAGUGUGAAAAUAAGUGAUACUUCACAGGUUAGUUUAUUUUUUUGUACCAAAAUAAAUUUUUAUAACCAUUA